UUAUAUUUAAGACCAGUAAAAGCAGCUAAGCUCAACAAGCUUAGCGUUUUAUUCUUUGUAAAAUUGUUUCUCAUGAAUUUUCAAAAAGGAAAAUUAUGAGCUGAACAAUGUUUUGUAACGUGACCACCGUAUAUCAAUUAUUCGUUUCCUAAUGAUAACAAUAUUUAACUUUAAUGGGUUCAACGAUUACAUUGUUAAUGCUGAUUUUUUCAACAUGUAAACUGAAACUGCCCAGUGUAAAAAUGGCAUUAGAUGUAUACUUCAAGCAUAGGACAGUCCUGAGACUGCUCGGCAUUUCGUUGCCCGGUGAAUGCGGAAAAGCGGCCAAAUUUUGGUUUGCAGGCGUAUUUUUGACUCUUUCAUUGCUUUUUCCAACUCUAGUCUUAUGCUUUCUAUUAGGCGCUAUGUUCUACACAGAGUACUCAUUCACUUCAAGAAUUUAUUCCAUAACGGGCGUGAUAAGCUGUACCUCUGCUUUUUUCAAGCUUCAGAUACUCUUCUGGAACAGGAAGAAUAUAAAAAAUCUUAUGGACGCGACCAACGGUUACAAGGCGGAUACUCCGACUGGCAAAUUGACAUACAGGCUGACAAUACUUUAUGAACUUCUUACUUUGACUUAUAGGUCGUUUUCGGUCAUAGAAAUCUUGAUCAAGAGGCCGAAAAAGCUUGUGAUGCCGUUCUGGACACCGUUCGUAGUCCCGGACACACCGUCAGCUUCGGUGUCAAUGCUUAUUUUCUUUCAGACCUCGAUGAUGCUGAAAACGUUAUCUAAUUUUCCAGUCGACACACUUUUUUUGCAUAUUACCAAUCAGAUAUGCCACAAACUGUACAUCUUGAAAAAUACGAUGGAACUUCUCGGACACAUUGGGGAGGAACGAAAGGGAAAGCUGGAAAUUAAUAACGUCCUUAGUGUCCAAGGAGAGGUAGAUGAUGAAAAACUUUUGAAAACAUGCAUUCAAGAGUUCAAUACAAUUUUAGGCCAUAUCCAAAUUCUGUCCAAGAUGUUAGAUGAAUUUUUUGUUCCGCUUGCAUUUAAUUCUUUCACUUCUCUUCUCUUCGCUUUUUUCUUAGUUUCUCAGAGUGAUGAUAUGGUGAAAGAGGGUUUUAAAAUUGCGCCUUGGACCAGCGUCAUCUUCGCCCAAAUUUACAUCGCUUGCUGGGCAGGGGAGCUAAUAAAAAAACGAUGCGGCGACAUCCAUUUUGCGGCUUACAACAACGCCUGGUACAAUACAAAUCUGAGCGUCAGGAAAUCCUUGGCCCUUGUGCAAACCUUUACGGUCAAGCCCGUUGUUCUAAGAGGGGCUUACGUCUUUGAACUUUCGCUACACACGUACGAAACCGUUGUACGAGAAGUGUUCUCUUCAUUCACUGUUUUGUAUCAACUGUUCAACCAAAAAUAAAUUUCAUUCUGUUUAAAUAUUUAAAGUAGUUUAAAGAUAUUAAGUUGCACAUUCUCGAUUAUGAACUACUUUAUGACAUGGAGCAAUUUAAUGUUAUUACACUUCAAAUACAUUGUUGU